AUGGCAGAUAGGCGUCAAUGGACUCAAGAAGAAGAGGAUGCGUUGAUUACCAUCCUUCAAGACAUUGUUGUCAUCAGUGGUAGAGGUGAUAAUGGAAGCUUUAGGCCUGGAACCUAUGACCAAGUCGUUCUAAAGUUACGGGAAAAAGUCGUUGGUAUUAAUAUAACAGCAAAGCACAUGCAAAACAAAAUCAAGCGUUUAAAGGAUAAGUUUUCUGCUGCAUAUGAUAUGCAAAAUACAAGUGGAUUUGGUUGGGAUGAUGUUCGCAAAUGUGUAGUAGUUGAUUCUCCUGAGAUAUUAGAGGAAUAUCUAAAGAAACAUCCACACAAAAACUAUGUCGCGAAUAAACCAUUCCCUGUGUACGAGCGACUAGCAAAUGUUUUUGGUAAAGAUCGAGCUACAGGUUGUAUGGCUGAAUCGGCGGCUGAUGUGACACAAAAUCAAAAUAUUGAUAACGAAGAAGGAGAAAGUUUACCAUCGUCCAAUUCUAAUCCUCAAAACACUGCAACUUCCUCCAAUCCAAAUCCAAAAGACUCCUCGCAAAAUAAAAAGAGAAAAGCGGCAUCUGAAGAAGUAACAUAUAUAAUUGGAAAGGGGUUAGCUGUCGUAUCCGAGGAAAUCCAGAAAAUGACUAGGGCUAUUACUUCUUCUACUAAUGACCUCGCAGGGUUAAAAACCAUACAUGAAGAGUUGAAGACCAAGGAGUUGUCUUCUUCAGAAAUCAUGCGGGUUUGUUUAAAAUUUACAAAAAACUUGAAUUUGUUACCAAUGUGGAAUAGCUUGGAUGCAGCUACCAAACCACUUUUUGCGAAGACUAUAUUGGAAGAAGACAAUUGA